AUGCAUUUUAUGGUGGUUUUGAAAACCAGGCAAGCUUUAUCGAAACCAAUUCUGCUGGAAUCCUUUUCGAAGUGUGCGACCCCCUCUCCCCGAAAUUUCGGAAUGGCAACACCAGAAACAAGAAGACGCCCCAACGUCUUGAUUACGGGCUCACCAGGGACCGGCAAAACGACAUUGGCCUCCCAACUUGCCGAGAGAUUAGGUUUCGAUUUGAUCAGCGUUGGCGAUGAGGUUAAAAAUCAUCACCUAUACUCCGAAUAUGACGAAGAAUAUCAAAGCCAUGUGUUGGAUGAAGAAAAAUUGCUUGAUCAUAUAGAGGGACGGCUUGACAGCGAAUCUGGUGGGACCGUUGUUGAGUACCACGGCUGUGAUUUCUUUCCGGAAAGAUGGUUCGAUUUCGUCAUUGUUCUCCGAUGCGACAACACCCUUCUAUACGACCGUUUAGCCGCAAGAGGAUACCCAGACCGCAAAAUCAGGGAAAACAUUGAAUGCGAGAUUUUCGGUAGUUUGCUACAGGAGGCACAAGAAUCUUAUCCGGAAGAAAGAAUUCACGCUUUGAAGUCAGAGUCGAUAGAAGAGAUGAACAAAAAUCUGGAUCACAUCUCUGAACUCAUCGCCGCAUGGAAGAAU